CCUCCGUUCCUUUCUCGCGGCUAAUUGGUUUAGGAGAGGAGGAUGAGCGCUCGGUUGUUAUGGCAACGGCCGGCCGCGAUGGUUCCACGUUCCUUCUGCUGGGGGCUACAGGCGCUGGAAAGACUCUCCUGGUCAAGCGACUGCAGAAGCUGAGCUCCAGGGAUGGUGCCAAGGAUCUUGGAGAGCCACCACCUACAUUGCCUACGGUAGGCACAAACCUUACUGAUCUUGUAGUUGGAAAGAGGAUCACAGUUCGAGAACUGGGAGGAUGCAUGGGGCCCAUAUGGUCCAGCUACUACAGUGACUGUUGCUGUGUUUUGUAUGUGAUUGAUGCUGCCAAACCCACCCAGAUUUCUUCUUCCUGCGUUCAGCUCCUGUCCCUCCUCUCUGCUGAAGAGCUAACGUCAGUUCCUGUCCUCAUCAUUUUCAACAAAAUUGACCUACCCUGCUACAUGUCCUUAGUGGAGAUGAAGUCAUUGUUCCGAAUUCAGGACAUUGUUUCCUGUGCCAAGCAGCCCAUCACCAUUGUGGAGACGAGUGCACGUGAUGGCACAGGCUUACCUAAAGUGAUGCAGUGGUUUUGUUCCAUCCUGCAUGAUUUCAGAUGACCCUCUGGCCUCUGGCGCCUUGUUUAGACCAUAAACAGAGAAAAGAACCUGGACUAGAAAGCAUUAGCAAGACAUCUGUGAGAAAAAACUUCUGUCUUGGACACAAAUGUGGUUUGAAUGUGAAAAUAAAUGUUUCAAUAUUUUA